UCACUGCCCGAAAAGAAACAAGGGAAGCGACCUUCCGCUCUCCGGCGCGCUUCCGUUUCAAACCCUAACUUCCGGUUGGUUAGCCGGUUCCGGUCCCCGCCUCUCACUUCCGGUCGCCUUGGAUUCCGUUGCGGUCGGUUCCUGCGUCCGCUGCUGCCGGAUCCGCCGCGCUCCAGGUAUCUUUUUCUGAACAAAAGCUGCGUCAUCGUAUGUUUCAAGGAUGGCUCUUCCUAUCAUUGUAAAAUGGGGUGGACAGGAAUAUUCAGUGACCACACUUUCAGAAGAUGAUACUGUGCUAGAUCUCAAACAGUUUCUCAAGACCCUUACGGGAGUGCUACCAGAACGCCAGAAGUUACUUGGACUCAAAGUUAAAGGCAAACCUGCAGAAAAUGAUGUUAAGCUUGGAGCUCUCAAACUGAAACCAAAUACUAAAAUCAUGAUGAUGGGAACUCGUGAGGAGAGCUUGGAAGAUGUCUUAGGUCCACCUCCUGACAAUGAUGAUGUUAUAAACGACUUUGAUAUUGAAGAUGAGGUAGUUGAAGUAGAAAAUAGGGAGGAAAACCUACUGAAAAUUUCCCGCAGAGUAAAAGAGUACAAAGUGGAAAUUUUGAAUCCUCCCAGGGAAGGGAAAAAACUUUUGGUACUAGAUGUUGAUUAUACGUUAUUUGACCAUAGGUCUUGUGCAGAGACUGGGGUAGAAUUAAUGCGGCCAUAUCUUCAUGAAUUCCUAACAUCUGCAUAUGAGGAUUAUGACAUUGUUAUUUGGUCUGCAACAAAUAUGAAGUGGAUUGAAGCUAAAAUGAAAGAGCUGGGAGUGAGUACAAAUGCAAAUUACAAGAUUACCUUCAUGUUGGACAGUGCUGCUAUGAUAACAGUGCAUACUCCAAGGAGAGGAUUAAUAGAUGUAAAGCCUCUUGGUGUUAUAUGGGGAAAGUUUUCGGAGUUUUACAGCAAAAAAAACACCAUCAUGUUUGAUGACAUAGGAAGAAAUUUUCUAAUGAACCCACAGAAUGGACUAAAGAUAAGACCUUUUAUGAAAGCACACCUAAAUCGAGAUAAAGACAAAGAACUUUUAAAAUUAACCCAGUACCUCAAGGAAAUAGCAAAGUUAGAUGACUUUUUGGACCUAAAUCACAAAUAUUGGGAAAGGUAUCUCUCAAAGAAGCAAGGACAGUAGUUACAAGCUAUACUGGCAGUUAUUGAAGAUACUUGAGAUCCAUGAACUUCUUUUUGCUUUUAUGCUAAAGAUCAUUAUGAUAGUGCUGGACACUGCAGCAAAUAUAAGACUGCUUAUACUUGGUCUUCCAGUUUUUUGUAAAUUUAAUUUUAUAUUUUUUGAAGAUCAUAGCAAUACGCCAAAAAAAAAAAAAAAAACAAAAACACCUUUUUCCCCCUGUAUGAAUUUACUGUAACUCUUGAAAACUAUUUUCUCCAGCAUAGAGUACUGAGUUUUAUUCCCCACACACACACAAAAAGUGGACAAAAAUGUA